AUGGCGGGAGGGCUUGAGGGCCUGGCCGAGGCCGGGAGCGGGAGCGACGGGAGUCCAGGCCACGAGCUCGAGGUGAUAUUUGGUUUCACAAUGUUUGGGGACCUAUUUGAAGAGGAUUAUUCCAGUGUAUCAAAUAAUCAGUAUGGAAAAGGGAAAAAAUUAAAGGCCAAACCAUUGGAGCCACCUGCUCCUAGAGAAUUUACCAAUUUAAGCGGAAUCAGAAAUCAGGGUGGAACUUGUUACCUCAAUUCCCUUCUUCAGACUCUUCAUUUUACACCUGAAUUCAGAGAAGCUUUGUUUUCUCUUGGCCCAGAAGAGCUUGGCUCUUUAGAGGAAAAGGAUAAUCCUGAUGCAAAGGUUCGAAUCAUACCUUUACAGUUACAGCGGUUGUUUGCUCAGCUCCUGCUCUUAGACCAGGAAGCAGCCUCCACAGCAGACCUCACCGACAGCUUUGGGUGGACGAGCAAUGAGGAAAUGAGACAACAUGAUGUGCAGGAACUGAAUCGAAUUCUCUUUAGUGCUUUGGAAACUUCUUUAGUUGGGACCUCCGGCCAUGACCUCAUCAAUCGUCUAUAUCAUGGGACCAUUGUUAACCAGAUUGUUUGUAAAGAAUGUAAGAAUGUCAGUGAAAAGCAGGAAGACUUCUUAGAUCUAACAGUAGCGGUAAAAAAUGUAACAGGUCUGGAAGAUGCACUCUGGAACAUGUAUGUAGAAGAGGAGGUUUUUGACUGUGACAACUUAUACCACUGUGGAACUUGUGACCGGCUGGUGAAAGCAGCAAAGUCGGCCAAAUUACGUAAGCUGCCUCCCUUUCUUACUGUUUCAUUAUUAAGAUUUAAUUUUGAUUUUGUGAAGUGUGAACGAUACAAGGAAACUAGCUGUUACACAUUCCCUCUUCGGAUCAAUCUCAAGCCUUUUUGUGAACAGAGUGAACUGGAUGACUUGGAAUACAUGUAUGACCUCUUCUCAGUUAUUAUACACAAAGGUGGUUGCUAUGGAGGGCACUAUCAUGUGUAUAUUAAAGAUGUCGAUCAUUUGGGAAACUGGCAAUUUCAGGAGGAAAAAAGUAAACCAGAUAUGAAUUUGAAAGAUCUUCAGAAUGAAGAAGAGAUUGAUGAUCCACUAAUGAUUAUAAAAGCAAUCUUAUCACAGGAGGAGAGUAAUCUGAUUCUUGUUGAUCUGCUGGGCCAGAAACUUUUGAAAAAAAUAGGAAUAUCUUGGAACAAGAAGUACAGAAAACAGUAUGGACCACUGCGAAAGUUCUUACAGCUUCAUUCUCAGAUCUUCCUACUAAGUUCAGAUGAAAGUACAGUUAGUCUAUUGAAGAACUCUUCUCUGCAGCCUGAGUCUGAUUUCCAAAGGAAGGAUCAACAAAUUUUCAAGACACUUACUUCAGAAUCCCCAGGAUUAAAUGAUAGAAUCUCCUGUUCCCACUGGUUUGAUAUAAAUGAUUCCAAGGUCCAACCCAUUGAGGAAAAGGAUAUUGAACAGCAAUUUCAGGGCAAAGAGAGUGCCUAUAUGUUGUUUUACCGGAAAUCCCAGUUGCAGAGACCAUCUGAAGCUCGAGCUAAUCCAAGAUACAAGGUUCCAUGUCAUUUACUGAAUGAAAUGGAUGCAGCUAACAUUGAACUGCAAACAAAAAGGGCAGAAUAUGAUUCUACAAACAAUAACUUUGAAUUGCAUCUCCACCUGGGCCCUCAUUAUCAUUUCUUCAAUGGGGCCCUGCACCCAGUAGUCUCUCAAACAGAAAGCGUGUGGGAUUUAACCUUUGAUAAAAGAAAAACUUUGGGAGAUCUUCGACAAUCAAUAUUCCAGCUGUUAGAAUUUUGGGAAGGAGACAUGGUCCUUAGUGUUGCAAAGUUUGUACCAGCAGGACUUCACGUCUAUCAGACACUUGAUGGAGAUGACCUGACACUGUGUGACCUUGAAAUUGCUGAUGAGGAAGACAUCUUUGUAUGGAAUGGAGUGGAGGUUGGUGGAAUCCAGAUUCCCACUGGUAGUGACUGUGAACCUCUGCUUUUAAAUGUUCUUCAUCUGGCAACAGGCAGUGAAGAGUGCCGGCAGUUGGUAGAAUCUCCACAGGUCUUCCCAGCUAAUGCAGAAGUGGGCACAGUAUUCACAGCCUUAGCAAUGCCAGGAGGUGUCAUCUUUACCAGCAAUACUGAGUCUGUAGGUGGGGAGAGCUGGACUGCCAUUCCCAAGGAGGACUUGAAGAAGACCUUCAGAGAACAAGGCCUCAGAAAUGGAAGCUCAAUUCUGAUUCAGGAUUCCAGUAAUGAUAAUAACAGUUUGUUGACCAAACAAGGGAAAUGGAUCACUAGUAUGAAUGAGGUCGACUGGGUCCAAGUUAAUAAUUUAUGUCAAUUGGAAUCUGAAGAGGAGAAAGUUAAAAUAUCAGCAACUGUUAACACAGUGGUGUUUGAUAUUCGAAUUAAAGCCAUAAAGGAAUUAAAAUUAAUGAAGGAACUAGCUGAAAACAGCUGUUUGAGACCUAUUGAUAGAAAUGGGAAGCUUCUUUGUCCAGUGCCAGACAGUUACACAUUGAAAGAAGCAGAAUUGAAGAUGGGGAGUUCACUGGGACUCUGUCCUGGAAGAGCACCAACUUCCUCUCAGCUGUUCCUGUUUUUCGCUAUGGGGAGUGAUAUCCAGCCCGGGUCUGAGAUGGAAAUCAUAGUAGAAGAAACAAUCUCUGUGAAAGAAUGUUUGAAGACAAUGCUGGAGAAAUUUGGCCUAUCAGGUGACACAUGGCACUUGAGAAAAAUGGAUUGGUGCUAUGAAGCUGGGGAGCCUUUGUGUGAAGAAGAUGCAACAUUGAAAGAGCUUAUGAUAUGUUCGGGAGACACUCUGCUUUUAAUUGAAGGGAAACUUCUUCCUCCGGGUCUCCUGAAGGUGCCCAUCUGGUGGUACCAGCCUCCAGGGCCCAAGGGUCAGGGGAAGAGACAUCUGGACCAGAGGAAUGGUACCCCUUCUCAAGGCGAGGUCUGGAGAGCUACUUCCACCCCAGGUGCUGCUGGUGAUGUGCAUGCAGAUGUUCCCCUCUGCUAUCUGGGAGACGUUGAAAUCUCAGAAGAUGCCACCUUGGCAGAGCUGAAAGCUCAGGCUAUGACGUUGCCCUCCUUGUUGGAGUUUUUCAUCCGGUCCCCUGCCUUCCUCAGAGCCUGGACAGUGGACAGUAAACGCCUUGGGAGGCUUUUACGAAAAAACCAGCAGCAGCUCAGGGACUAUAAGUUGGGGAGGAGAACCGAGAUCUGCUUAGAGCCCCUUCAGAAAGAAGAAGACUUAGGCCCUCAGGACAUGCUGCUGAGGACACAGAUGCGCCUCCCUGGCGAACGGGCAUAUGCCCUGCCCGUGGACAUGGUGUGGGACGCUGCCCGGGCCACGGCCAGCUCCCUGCGGCAACGAGUGGCUGACUUCUAUUCCCUUCCUGUAGAGAAGAUCGAAAUUGCCAAAUACUUUCCUGACAAGUUUGAGUGGCUUCCAGUGUCCAGCUGGAACCAGCAAAUUACCAAGAGGAAAAAGAAGAAAAAGCAAGAUAAUUUGCAGGGGGCACCUUAUUACUUGAAAGAUGGAGAUAUUAUUGGUAUUAAGAAUCUCCUGGUGGAAGAUGACGGUGACUUCAGCACAGUCCGAGAUGACAUUGGGAGGGAGGACCCUGCUCUGGGGAAAAGGAAAAGCCAGGAAGCGCUUCGCGUGCAGAGCAGCAGCGUUCUCUCCGGUGCGGGCACACCUGGCCGGCCCCACAGACCAGAAGCUUCCCUGUCCAUCCACGUGGGCAGUUUCAGAUAG